ACGGACACAAAGCAAAGCAAAGGAAAAAGCAAAGCAAAGCGAAAGCAACCACGAAACAACAACAGGAGCCAGCGACAAACAACAAGAAGCACCACGACCACAACAGCAGCAAGCAGAGGACAGCAGGCGCAUGGACGUCGUUGUUUGGCAUGGAACAGCAUGAAGGCUGGCAGGGCGUGAUCCCUGGGAGUGCGCAGCCUCAUCGGCACCGCCCGCUUUCCCCUCGCCUCGCGAGUCAGCCACGACCACGACCACGGCGGCGGCGGCCAACGUCGCUGUCGUCGUCCCCGAUGGGCUCCGUGGCGUCGCCCAAGAGACCGCCCACGCACGUCUUCGACCGCAUCAGCCGAGCCGGUGGCAUCAGCGAUGGUGUUCCCACCAGCAAAAGGAGUAGUAGCAGUGGCAGCAGCAGCUACAGCCGAACGGGGAGUGGGAGACCGCUUGGCAGAAGCGUGUUUGGCCUGGUUGAUGGCGAUGAGCCGAAUGGAACACCGGCGGCAGUGGACCUGAUGGUCGCACCGACGCCGCUGCUCCCUGCGCCACCUUCAACGUCCCCCUCAGGCACAUCGCCUGCUCCAGAACAAGACCAGCGCCAGGUGACCUCCCCUGCGCGGGCCUCGCUCGCAAGGCCACAGCCAAGCCGCCACGUGUCCAUGACACCAUCACCCCCGUCAUCCCCGGCUUCGCUUGCAUCCCGCCUUGGUCCCCGGUUGCGGCUCCGUAGCAGAAGCACGAGUAGCCCGCCCGGCGUGAUUCACAGCAGCGUUGGCAGCCCCGUGCACCGGCUGCUGCACCGUCACCACCCCACAUCAGCAUCAGCGCCCGCCAGGCGCGGGGCCCAGUACCCAGGCAGCUUGUCACCCGGGGAGCAGACAAAGCUGGCCCGCAGGCAGCACCUGCUCGCCCACCCCACCAACCCUGCCACAAAGACCUUGCUCAUGUCCACCUACGACCUUGCUGCUAUUGAUCAGUACGAGCGUGCACAGGAGGCUGGCCGGUGGGUGUACCAUGAUGGUUUCAGAGACGACGAGCAAACCUCUUAUUUCUACUCGGACGCUGCCAUGUCUGCUGGCUUCGACACCACUCCACCGUGGUCGGCCCAGUCCAGGCCCAGCCACAUGUCCGUCAUGUCCGGUCCACCAGAUUCGACCAGCACACCACCGCAGACGCGAGGGACCGCUCGCACCUCAUCUCUUCGCCAGCAGGGGAGCCUCCGUCGCCGCAGCACCGCAUCAAAACCCUUCUCCCGCUACAGCAUAUCCACGCGCAGAACGAGACCAUCUGGGGUGUUUGGUGACGAAGAGGGCUUGCCGGCCAUCACAUUCACAUCAGCUGACGAUGCAGACGCUGCGUUCAACCAACAACCCGUACUCAUCCGCCUCCGUCGCCGUGGCAUUGAGAACUUUGGCGAAUACAUGGCAUGGGCGCGGCCUUUGCCGCCAGGCAUCCGCAUGCGUGUGGACACCAUCAUCAGGGCUGCGCAUGAGCUACUGCAGGAUUACGCUGUGCGCCGCAUCGAGCUGGAUGGGGACCGCAUGAUCACCGCUGCCAAGGGCUACGCAACCAUCACCCCAAGAUUCACCAUCAUCUGUGCACACGACCGGGAGCAGCUUGCAGCGUUGAUUGCAAAGCCAGGACAGCGAUUCAAGGGGCGGCACGGUGCUCAUGCUGCCGCCACUGUACUUCAGCGCGGAUGGAGGCGCGUGCUGCAAAGCAAACGUCAUGCAGUGGACGAGUCGCAGGCGCUCGCCGUCAGCGCCAUCUCUGCUCUCUGGGCGACACGGGUGCAACGCGCAUUGCUUGCUCGUCGCGCACGAAAGCGGCAAGCUAUUGCCAUCAAGCAGCACAACACAGACCUGCAUCGCGUAUCCUCACUGGCGUGGCGUGAUAUCUUGUUGGGUUCAACUGCCACAUCAGCGCCGCUGUCCGCGUCCCUGGCAUCAAUGUCACUGUCAUCGCUCGCGUCGUCAUCGACCAUGUCCUCCAUGCCACCACCAGAUAUGCUGCCGCCACCAGCACCCACACCGUCCUCGUCAUCAUCACCGCGAGCGUCUGUCUCUGACGGCUCCACCGCACUCGCGCCUGUCUUCAAGCACACGCUUCUCCUCCACAUGCCGUCUGUCGCCCUCUCCCAACGGUGCAGGCACAUGUGGCAGUCCUUCUUGUUCAUCCAACACCGAUACAACAUGCGUGUGCUGGAUGCACUGCAACCCAACACACGCGUCAUCCUCAUCGCUUCCAUGAAUUGGCCACAAGAAUUUCGACAGGUGUACGCCCAGAUUAUGUCUGAUCUCACGGGCGUGCCAACCACGGAGACGAUGGAGCGAUUUGAGAUUCUCCCGCCAGCCCACGCUGAGUUCCCCACCUUUCUCCGCUUGCCCCUCAGCAAGACGCUCCUGUACAGCCCGUGCACAUUGCUGGAGCUGGCUGAGAAGCCACAUGCGCGCGGCGUGGAGGCCUGCGUCGCAAUCCCAGCGCUGCUUGACGGCGCUGAUUUGGUCAUUACCCAGCAGCUGGGCGCCACCGUGGUUGCCUCGGAUCCAACCGUCACUUCGUUCCUCCGCUCGAAGAUUAAACUCUUCCACUAUCUCGCUUCCAUCAAGGUGCCAUGCCCCGGUCAUGUGAUGGUUCAGCCCGGAUCUUCCCUUGCGGUCGUGUGCAAGCUUUUUGCUCGCCUCAUUGUUGAGAAUGAGGGGUAUGUGCGAUGGACGUUUAUGGUGGACGACUCCUUUGAGCGCUUUGGCGCCGUUGUGAUCGAGACACGCAACAGCAUCGCAGCCAUGUCAUACGUGCGCACACAGCGUGAGCACUAUCAACGUCUCUGGAAGAAAGGAUCAAAAGUCCAGCAAAGCUCCAUCAUCCGCGUUGGAAAGGAGCUUCGCACGCGUCUGCCAGAGCUGUACACGCGGACGCCCAAGCAGUGGAAGGCGCGCGCAAGUGUUCCUGAGGGGUGGCCAGAGUUUCUCGCCUUCUUUGUGGAGAGCGGUGGUGUGAUAUUGGUUGGUGACCCGUUCCAUCUGGCUCCAGCCGGCCCGCAUGCCGUGCCUGCACGCAUGCCCGCCUCCCAGCAGCAGCAAAGUGAGCAGAGUGAAGAGGGGAAGGAGAAAGGGGAAGAGGAGGGCACUCAGGGCGAUACGGGAACAGCAGCUGCGUUGGCAGGAGGUGCAGCCGAGGAUGAGACGACGUUUGUCGUUGCUGACGUGGUCAUUGACCCUUGUGGUUCGUGGUCGCUGCUUGGUGCGUGGCAUGAAAAGAGCGUGGAGGAUGCAGCCACGGGUGAUGUCGCCAAAGUGUUUGUGUCUCCGCCAGCGGACCUGCCGCAGUCUGUUGUUUCGAGUGUGGAGCGAAUCACAGAGCGCCUCGCAUCUAACAUGGCCAAGAAACACGUCGUUGGCCAUGCGUCCAUCCGCUUCGUUGUGGACGGGCCUCGCGUGACCGUCUGCCAUGUGCUUGACUGUGCCUCGGAUCCCUAUGUGUGUGCUCGCUGGCUCCAUGCCAUGCCUGCAAGCACGCCCAGCCCGCAGCGUGGCGCUGGCGCUGGUGGGCUUGAGAGCGAGCCACAUGGCGACGCACCGCCACAGAAUACCACGCCUCCCCGUGGCGCCGAAGGCAGCCGGGGGCCUCUGCUUUCAUCGUCAUCCUCUUCCGCUUCCUUGUCGUCGCUGACGGCAGAAUCAUCGCGUCCUGCUCUCCUGCCGCCCCCUGGCUCGCGUCGGCUUGCCCUCAUUCCCGGCAAAGUUGUGAUUGCUGCCAACACUGUUCACCUUGUCUACGCUGCGCCCGUGAACGUUGCCGUGCUGUAUCAGCUCCUCAGGGUGCAGGGCCUUCAGCGUCUCACACAGAGCACGGGUGCGACGCUGCUUCCGUUGGACCCAAAGGCACACGAUCACCUGGCGUUCAUUGCAUACGCUUCCGAUCUGAAGAGUGCCGUUGGAGAGGCAAACCAGCUUCUGUCUGGCAUUGAACGGGAGGUGUGUCCAGCCUCUGUUCGGUCGCAUAACAUUUUAUCGCAGCUGAUGACAGUGCUGGCCCGAUCUGCAGUGGACAGGUCGUGA